GGCUGUCUCUAGGCCUGAGGUGCCCACCCUGGCCCCGGAGAAUGAACCAGCCACCGAGGAUGGCGCCCGUGGGCACAGACAAGGAGCUCAGUGACCUCCUGGACUUCAGCAUGAUGUUCCCGCUGCCAGUGGCCAACGGCAAGGGCCGGCCCACCCCCCUGGCUGGCGCCCAGUUUGGAGGCUCAGGUCUCGAGGACAGGCCCAGCUCCUGGGGCGCCGGCGACCCGAACAGCUCUUCCUUCGACCCUGGCCGGGCCUACGGCGAAGGCACACACUUCACGGAGUCCCCCGGCAGCCUCUCUCCGUCAACAUUCCUGGGACCCGGGCUUGCGGGCAAGGGCAGCGAGCGGGGCGCAUACACCGCCUUCGGGAGAGAUUCGGGGGCUGGCGGCCUGAGUCAGGCCGGCUUCCUUCCCAGCGAGCUGGCCCUCAGCAGCCCCGGGCCACUGUCCCCCGCGGGCACCAAGGGUGGCUCCCAGUAUUACUCCUACGCCGGCCACCCUCGGCGGAGAGCCGCAGAGAGCGGGCUGGACACGCAGCCCAAGAAGGUCCGGAAGGUGCCUCCAGGUCUCCCGUCCUCGGUGUACCCGCCCAGCUCCGGUGAGGACUACGGCAGGGAUGCCGCCGCCUACGCCCCUGCCAAGACCCCCGGCGGCACCUACCCCACCCCCUUCUACGUGGCGGACGGCAGCCUGCACCCUUCGGCCGAGCUCUGGGGCCCCUCGGGCCAGGCGGGCUUCGGGCCCGUGCUGGGCGGGGGCUCGUCCCCCCUGCCCCUCGCGCCAGGCGGUGGCUCUGUGGGCAGUGGUGGGGGGUUCGGCGGCCUGCCGCCCCACGAGCGCAUGGGCUACCAGCUGCACGGAACGGAGGUGAACGGCCGGCUCCCAGCAGUGUCCACCUUCGCAUCGGCCCCCGCAGCCGCCUACGGCAGCGCCCCCAGCCACACGCCCCCCGUCAGCGGGGCCGACAGCCUCCUGGGCUCCCGAGGGACGACGGCCGGCAGCUCUGGGGACGCCCUCGGGAAGGCGUUGGCCUCGAUCUACUCCCCGGAUCACUCAAGCAAUAACUUCUCCUCCAGCCCCUCGACCCCCGUGGGCUCCCCACAGGGCCUGGCAGGGACGUCGCAGUGGACCCGGACAGGGGCCCCCGGUGCCUUAUCGCCCAGCUAUGAUGGGGGUCUCCACGGCCUGAUGGAGGACCACCUGGACGAGGCCAUCCACGUGCUGCGCAGCCACGCGGUGGGCGCCGACGCCCACGGACUGCUGCCCGGCCCCGGGGCCCUGGCCCCCGGCUUCCCCGGCCCCGGCGUGCCCCUGGGCGGGCGACACGCCAGCCUGGUCGGAGGCGGCCACUCGGAAGACGCGCUCACGGGCAGCGGCAGCCUCCUGCACAGCCACGGCGCCCUCCCCGACCUGUCCCGGCCCCCGGACUCCUACAGCGGACUCGGGCGAGCCAGCGCCCCCUCGGGUGCCGGCGAGAUCAAGAGGGAGGAGAAGGAGGACGAGGAGAGCGCGUCGACGGCCGACCCCUCGGAGGAGGACAGGAAGGAGCCGAAGGGCCCCAGGCCGCGGACCAGCAGUACGGAGGAGGUGCUGUCCCUGGAGGAGAAAGACCUGAGGGACCGGGAGAGGCGCAUGGCCAAUAACGCGCGGGAGCGGGUGCGCGUGCGCGACAUUAACGAGGCCUUCCGGGAGCUGGGGCGCAUGUGCCAGAUGCACCUCAAGUCGGACAAGGCGCAGACCAAGCUGCUCAUCCUGCAGCAGGCCGUGCAGGUCAUCCUGGGCCUGGAGCAGCAGGUGCGAGAGCGUAACCUGAACCCCAAAGCAGCUUGCUUGAAGCGAAGAGAAGAGGAGAAGGUGUCGGGAGUGGUCGGAGACCCCCAGAUGGUGCUUUCGGCGGCCCACCCCGGCCUGAGUGAACCCCACAACCCCGCAGGGCACAUGUGAGCGGGCCGCGACGAGCGACCGCCCCACGCCCGCAGCACGCCGGUGGUCCGCAUGGAGCCAGCGCCGCCGCAGGGGUGGGGGUGCACCUCCUGGGCCUUGAGGUCUCACCGCCUGGACGCCUCGGGGACUUUCCUCCUGGGUCUGAACCGGCCCAAAAGGACAGUGUUGUUUUGUUUUUCAUUUGUAAACAAAACCAGAAAGCAAGCAAGAUACACUCUUUGUCAGAAGAGACAAAAAAAUGCCUUAAGUAUAGAACGCGGGGGAGUCCAGACCUGCCGCUCGCCGGCCGCGGAGGCCCCGGCGGUUCUGGAGGAGCCGCGACUGUGCCUACGCCUGACCCUUGUCUUAAGGAAACUAAAGGAUGUUAGUUAGAUUUUUUUUUUAACGUAUUAGAAAAUUAGCAACAAUGAUGCCUUUGAUCUUUUUUUAAGCUUUUUUGCAUAUGUUUUGUAAGCAACAAAUUUUUUGUAUAAAAGUCUCGUGUCUCUUGCUA